AUGACGAUCCUCUUGAUCGUGGCGGCCAAGCUAUUCUCUUUUCUUCCACUCCCCUUGGCAAUAGUGCCCCACCUGACAGCAGUAACACCCACAGCGGCGCAGUUCCCUCGUAUAAAGACUCUCAUGAACGAUCAAGCAACGGACCCUCAAGAGUCUGAUGAAAUUCUCGAUGAAGAAGAUAUUGAAAUCCAUGACGGAGAUGUCACUCGGACUAUCAUUGAUGGCAUCAUAUCGAUUGAAUUCUCAGAUCGUAUUCAAGCCCCGGCAGAAAAAAGCUUGGAUCAAACAGUCGUGGUAAAACUUUUAGGGCAACGGAUUGGUUAUACGAUUUUGCGUUCCAAACUUCACGAACUUUGGAAGCCGAAACAAGCUCUCAAGGUAAUGGAUAUCGAAAACGAUUACUUUCUAGUGACUUUCCGCACCCACGCUGGUUACCUUCAUGCUCUAACCGAGAGACCUUGGACAUUAUUUGGACACUAUCUCACUGUGGAACCAUGGACAUCGGGUUUCUCAACGACGAGUCCCUUUCCUAGUAAAAUAAUGGUCUGGAUUCGUUUGCCCGGCCUUCCCGUCACCCUUUACAAGAAAAGUUUAAUAACGGAGAUCGGUGAAUCCAUUGGUCCGGUGAUUAAACUUGACUACCAAACUGAAUGGGGCAAGAGAGGACGUUUCGCGCGCAUGGCCGUUCGUAUUGAUCUCUCCAAAACCUUUGAUAUCUAA